CAUUCGGAUCAGAUUCAGAGUCAUAGCUGCGGGCUUCACAUCUUUCAGAAAUAGUUAGCCGGGUCAGGCCGAAACUUUAUCCCGCCUUAUGUUCAUAAUGAGGCGUGUUCUGUAACAGAUGAUGAACUACAUCAACACUUUCGCUUUAUUCUUUCACGACCAUUGAUUGACACACUUUCUGAGUGGAAGUCGCAGCGGACACACUGAAGACCGAGAGUUGAAGAAGUUGACGGACCGCCAUGGACCGGACGACUGAAGAGUGACUGCACUGCAUGCGCGCACAGAACCGGUUCUGAUGGCGGAUAAAAACCCGUCUGGUCUACUGGAGGCGUGUGUGGUGGCUGGAGUAUCAAACGAACGUCUGAAGGAGUUAUGCCUGGGUAAAGAUGUGCUGGUGGAGGCUGAGGUGCUGCAGGUUCACGCUCCACCGUUUGUGACGAAGGACAGUUCCAGUAACGGUGUUUAUCAGGAUCACGCUCCGGCCUUCAGCAGAGCCCAGCGGAGACGCUCCUUUAAGAAGAGGGACCGACCCGUUUCAACCAUCAGCGAAUCCGGCAACCUCAGCGAAUCAGCAGUGGCCGUCUCAGACGAUCUCAGCGUACCGCAAAACGUCGACCUCAUAGCCCUGCAGCAGCUCUGCUUCCCAGAUGGUUUGAGAAUAACCAAUGAGUGCGGAGAAGACUCCUAUCAUUUCCUGGUGUUCACGGAUGUGUUCGGGACCCAGACACAUGGGGUUGUGGCUCAGUUCUGCAAACCUAUUCAGUUCCAACAGGAUAAUAUGAUGCAUAAAAACGGCUAUCAGUCGACCAAACUGCAGCGUCUGUACACCACAUACAGCAUAUGUGUCAUCUCCAAAUAUCCAUAUUAUAAUGCCCUCAGAGACUGUCUGUCCUGUUUCUUGCUCCAGCUGAAGACCUCCCGCAUGACCGAGUUUGAAGAGCAGGUGAAGGAGUUUUCCGCCAAACUGGCACUGGUUCCCAUCCCGCCUCCCGGACCCCUGCAUGUGGUGUUUAAUCUCAGACCCCUUCAGAUUGAACUUCCCUCCAGACUGGAUGUGGAUCGGCCCGUCUUGGACCUCGAUCUUCACCUGCCGUUUCUGUGUUUCAAACCCAAGCAGAUCCUGCAGAUCAUCAGCUGUAUCCUGAUGGAGCAGAGGCUGGUGUUCCUGUCCACCGACUGGGCCAAACUCACGCUCGUCGCCGAAUGCUUCAUGAUCUUCAUCCACCCGCUGCGCUGGCAGCAUCCGUUCGUACCCGUCCUGUCCUCCCAAAUGCUGGACUUCAUCAUGGCUCCCACGGCCUACCUGAUGGGCUGCCACACACACCACUUCCAGGAGGUCGCAGAGGAGAUUGAUGAUCUGGUUCUUAUAGACAUUGACCAAGGAACAGUGUCGUCUUCGGGUUCAGACAGACUUAAUCUCCCAGAUGUGCCACUGGCAGCCAGAGAUUGUUUUAUAUACCGAGCCAGUGCGCUUCAGCUUCACUAUGAUCUGGAUCUGUGUCACGCCGGCAGCCGAACGGACAUCCACGAGCUGCGCGCUCACAGGAGACGGUGGCAACACACAGUCAACAGCGUCAUCCUGAACGUCAGCAUGGAGCUCAUCGUCAACAUCUUCAGUGAAGUGUGUGAAUUCCUGAACUAUGAGCACCGUGUUUUCAACAGCGAGGAGUUCCUCCGGUCCAGAGAGACCACAGAUCACACGUUUUACAAAAGGGUUUUAGACACUCAUAUAUUCCACUCAUUUCUGCGGGACCGUUUGAACAGGAAGAAUGACGCAUUUACUCGCAUGCAGUUGAACAUCCGUACAGAGACUCGGAGGUUGAGGACCAUGACGGAGUCUCCACGCAGACCCACGAUGGAGGAGGUCAACCGCAAGACCUUCAGACUAGAGAACGGCCUGAACAACAGGCUGGGGAAGAGUAUGCCAAACCUGGCGGACUACCGAUUGCUCACCGCCCCGGUCCGACAGAUAUCAGUCGGGACGAUGCCUUUACAGAGCGGUUCCUGGGGUCCCUCAAGGCCAAUCAGAACCUUUAAUCUCCCAGAAUUCCCUCCUCCGCUGUCCUAUCAGUACGUUCAGAAGUACUACGUUGAUCUCAUUGGCCAGUUGAGCAGAGCCAUUUCCAUGGCGACCCCAGAUGACUGCGCCCUGCUGGCCCGUUACUAUUACCUUCGAGGCCUGGUGAACUCAGUAGCCGGCAGACGCGUGGACGCCCUCGGAGACUUCCAGAGCUUGUAUAAGACAGACAUGGACAUCUUUCCAGCCGAGCUGCUGAACGCACUGGUUGAGUCGCUGCUAGCGGACGAGAGAAAGUUGGCCGAGCAACGCCCUGAUUUGAAGCGUCUGAUCAGCCGGGUGAAAAAAGACAAUGAGCGUGAGCAGGCGCGACCGAUGGAUGGCGGGACGGUGAAGAGAUUCGAACUGCCCAAGAAACACUUGCACAUGGAGGACUUUGUGCGGCGCGUUCAGGAGUCCGGCAUCGUUAAGGAUCUGGGAACCAUCCAGAGGCUGUUUGAGGCGCUCACUGUUGGUGUGGAGGCCUCGUCCCAGUCUGUAUUUUACCUUGCCGUGGACGGCCAGCAGAAGCAGGUGGAUCCUGAAAUCUUCCGCUUCUUCUACAGCUUCUGGAAGGACACUGAAGCUGCGGCUCAAGACGUGGACUUGCCGGCCGUCGCGCUGGAACACCUGGAGAGCGGCGAGUGUGUCUACAAGCUCUCGUCGUCCGUGAAGACCAGCCACGGCGUGGGAAAGAUCGCCAUGACCCAGCGCAGGCUCUUCCUGCUGACCGAGGGCCGGCCGGGAUACGUCGAGAUCACCAAAUUCAGAGAUAUUGAGGAUGUGAAGAUAUCUUCUGCUCCUUUCCUUCUGCUGAGGAUCCCGUCGCUGAAGAUCAAAACGUCCUUCAGGAAGGAGUCGUUCGAGGUCAACCUGAAGUCGGAGUGUGACCUCUGGCACCUGAUGAUCAAAGAGAUGUGGGCCGGGAGGAAGAUGGCCGACGAUCAUAAGGACCCUCAGUUCAUGGAGCAGGCCUUGACUAACGCCCUGCUGAUGGACGCCGUGGUCGGGAGCCUGCAGUCACAGAAAGCCAUCUACGCCGCUAGCAAACUGGCCUACUUCGACAAGAUGAAGUUUGAGGUGCCCAUGAUGGUCCCCAAAACGACAUCUGAGACCCUCAAACACAAGAUUAACCCGUCUCUGGACCAGACGUCUCCUCAAGCGGUGGACGUCCUGCUCUACACGCCCGGUCAGCUGGGUGUGUCGGAGCUGGACGGCGGGGCGAACCCAAAGCUGUGGUGUGCUCUGAGCGAUGGGAAGGUGCUGGUGUUCGACGCCGCCAGCUGGUCCAUGCAGCAGAACUCUGUUCAAGUGGGAACGUCCCGGCUGAACUGCAUGCUUGCAGUGAACCAGCAUCAGCUGUGGAUCGGCUCAAAGGAUUCGUUCAUUUACAUCAUAAACCCGCGGAGCGUGUCGUGCAAUAAGCAGCUGACGGAGCAUCGCGGCGAGGUCACCGGACUCACCCUGGAGGAGAGAACCGACAAAUUCAGUCAGACGGUGGCGUACUCGUGCGGGGAAGAUGGCAGCGUGAACGUGUGGGACGUGUCCUCUCUGCAGGUCCGACGGCAGUUCAGAGUCUCCUGUGACAGACUGCAGUCCAUCCAGAUCCACAACGGCAUGCUGUGGUGCUGUGGGCGUGAUUGUGUGAUGGAAGUGCGCAGGAACGGCACGGUUCAUCGUAAGAUGUCUCUUCCAGAUCACCUGCUGGGUUCACCGAGGGGCUUCAGCAGUUUCCUGCUCUUUAAUGAGUCGGAGCAGCUGUGGGCCGGUUUCGCAGACGCAGGCGAGCUGUGUGUGUGGCACUGCAGAAACCUGAACAAACCCAUCAUCAGGAUCCAGCUCAAAGACUGCGCCGGUGUCGUCUGCAUGAUCAAAGUCAAGAGUCAGAUCUGGGUGGGUUGUCACGGCCGCAGCGCCGCAGGAAAAGCCCGCGGGAAGAUCUACGUGGUGAACACGGACCGCUACACGGUGGAGAAGGAGCUGGUGGCGCACACCGACAGCGUUCAGACGCUGUGCUCGGCUGAGGAUCGGUACGUGCUCAGCGGAGCCGCGCAGGACGACGGGAAAAUCGGCAUCUGGAAAGUUGAGUAGAAACCAGAUAUGAACACGCAUCAAGAUAUGCAC